AUGGCGGCCGUACGGGGCCUGCGAGCGUCGGUGAAGGCCGAGGUCCCGGCGGGGCCGGCCUUGGGGCCCCCGUCGCCAGAAGCGGAGUCAGGUUUGGACCGCGGCGAGCCAGAGCCCAUGGAGGUGGAGGAGGGCGAGCUGGAGGUCGUGCCGGUUCGGCACUCGCGGAAGGAACUGAUCCCGGACACAAGCAGAAGAUAUGAAAACAAGGCUGGCAGCUUCAUCACUGGAAUCGAUGUCACCUCCAAGGAAGCAAUUGAAAAGAAAGAACAGCGAGCCAAGCGCUUCCAUUUUCGAUCAGAAGUACAUCUUGUCCAAAGAAAUGUAGCCUUGGACCGAGACAUGAUGAAGAAAGCAAUCCCCAAAGUGAGACUGGAGACAAUCUAUAUUUGCAGCGUAGAUGAGAUGAGUACCCAGGAUGUCUUUUCCUAUUUUAAAGAAUAUCCUCCGGCCCACGUUGAGUGGUUGGAUGAUAACCCCUGUCAUGUGGUUUGGUUGGAUGAAAUGACAGCCACACGAGCCCUUAUCAAUAUGAGUUCCCUGCCAGCCCUGGAAAAGAUAAGAAGCAGGGACGCCAAUGAGGACAAGUCAUCUGAGAAAAGUAAAAAAGACAAGCAGGAAGACAGUUCCGAUGACGAUGAGGCUGAAGAAGGAGAAGUUGAAUAUGAGAACUCAAGUGAUGUAGAGUUGGUCACGUUGUCUCAGGUAGAAGAAGCGUCUCUGCUAAGAAAUGAUCUUCGUCCAGCUAACAAACUUGCUAAAGGAAAUAGGUUAUUCAUGAGAUUUGCUACAAAAGAUGACAAAAAGGAACUCGGAGCAGCGAGAAGAAGUCAGUAUUACAUGAAAUAUGGGAAUCCAAAUUACGGAGGCAUGAAAGGAAUUCUUAGUAGUUCUUGGAAGCGAAGAUACCAUUCCCGUCGCAUUCCGCGGGACGUGAUCAAGAAGAGAGCCCUGACUGGGGACGACGUUGGCUUGACAGCCUAUGAACACCGACAUUCCGGACUAGUGAAUGUUCCUGAGGAACCCAUUGAAGAGGAGGAAGAGGAGGAGGAGGAAGAGGAGGACCAGGACAUGGAUGCUGGUGACAGGGUGGUGGUGGAGUACCACGAGGAGCUCCCGGCCCUCAAGCAGACCUGGGAGCGGAGCACAUCUAGGCGGUCCAGUGUCAGCAGCUCAGACUCGGAUGAAAUGGACUGUGAUCUAGAACUGAAAAUGAUUUCCACUCCUUCACCAAAGAAGAGCAUGAAAAUGACGAUGUAUGCUGAUGAAGUGGAAUCUCAGUUGAAAAAUAUCAGGAACUCCAUGAGGGCAGAUACUUUAUCUACAAGCAAUAUAAAAAAACAAAUUGGUAACAAAUUAACACCUGAGAAAUUUGCAGAUGUCCGACAUUUGUUAGAUGAAAAACAUUAACACACACGUCCACGGCCACCUGGCAGCAGUACUAAAACAGAUAUACGCCAGCGAUUAGGAAAAAGACCACAUUCUCUGGAAAAGCCUUUUAGUAGUAACCCAGUCGUUCGGAGAGAGCCCUUUUCUGAUGUACAUAGUAGGCUAGGUGUUCCCAGGCAAGAUGUUAAAGGCCUCUACUCUGAUACUCGGGAGAAGAAAUCAGGUAGUUUAUGGACUCGCUUAGGAUCUGCACCCAAGACCAAAGGAAAGAACACGAAGAAAGUGGAUCACAGGGCGCCCGGCACAGAGGAAGAUGACUCCGAACUGCAAAGGGCGUGGGGGGCUCUGAUUAAGGAGAAAAAACAGUCUCGCCAAAAGAAGAGCUGCUGUUACCAGCACCCUUUUCCCAAGAAAAGUCAAUUCCCAGGUGCUUAUUGGACAGCCUUCGAGGGGGAAGAUGAGGGAAGCUGCCAGCUCACCCUUCCAGGAUCCUAG